GUAUAAAACCCCUUGGGUUCCCUCCAGCCAGACUGUAGACCUACUGGAAACUUUAGAGACACCUGAGUGUCGCCCCACUGGCUAAACUAUCCCAUCACAAUGUUGUCACGACUGUUGAUUGUUCCUUUGAUCUUUGCUUUGGCUGGUCUUGCUAUCUCAGCCCCAGUUACUGAUGGAACCGAGGCAGACAAUGAUGAGAGAGCUGCCCCCUUGCUAGUGCACCUUAAAGGUGACAAAGAUGGCGGAGGCCUCACAGGCAGCCUGGAUGGAGUCUCCACAGGGACCACAGAUGGGACUGAUUCCAGUAAAGAGCUAGCAGGAGGUGCAGUGGAUACCUCACCUGAUACAACAGACACCCCUGAUGCCAGUAGCAGUGAUAUAUUCCCAGACACAUACAACAGAGAUACCAGCGUGGAAACUACAGGCAAUCCUGAUGACUCUGAUGCCCCAGAUGCAGCUGAAGCAGCAGGCAGCCAAGACACAACGGAUGCAGCUGAAGCAGCAGGCAGCCAAGACACAACGGAUGCAGCUGAAGCAGCAGGCAGCCAAGACACAACGGAUGCAGCUGAAGCAGCAGGCAGCCAAGACACAACGGAUGCAGCUGAAGCAGCAGGCAGCCAAGACACAACGGAUGCAGCUGAAGCAGCAGGCAGCCAAGACACAACGGAUGCAGCUGAAGCAGCAGGCAGCCAAGACACAACGGAUGCAGCUGAUGCCUCUGAGGCUGUGGCAGAGACCGUAGACACUUUUGAUAUACCAGAUACAGAUGGUGCAGAUGACAGGGAGAAGGUGUCAACAGAGGUGUCAACAGAGGAUUUGGACUCAGCAGGUGUGGAUAAGUCUCCAGAAAGUGACUCCACAGAGUCUCCAGGAAGUGACUCCACAGAGUCUCCAGGAAGUGACUCCACAGAUGAAGUGCUGACAGACGUGCAAGCUGACUCUGCUGAUGUGACCAGUGAUGACAUGGAUGAGGCCACAGAGACGAACAAAGAUGAUGACAAGAGUGACGACAAGAGUGAUGCAGAUGCUGCCACAGACAAAGAUGACAGUGAUGAGGAUAAGGACACUGAACUAGAUGGUAAGGCCCAUGCAGAAGACACACAGACAGAGGAAGCGGCAGACAGCGACAGCAAACAAGGCGCUGCAGACUCUGACACGGACGAUGACAGGCCAGAAAAAGACGUCAAGAACGACUCAGAUGACAGCAAGGACACCACCGAAGAAGACGACAAACCAGACAAAGAUGAUAAGAAAAACAGAGACAGCGCAGACAACAGCAAUGAUGACAGCGAUGAGGUGAUCCAGGUCCCCAGGGAGGAACCAGAGCAGCAGGAAAUGAACCUGGAGGAGGGAGGAGUGAUUGGCAGCCAGGAGGAGACUGUAGCAGCAGACAAGGAGGAGGGGAGUGAUGUGGGGGACCAGAAGCCCGGCCCUGAAGACAGCAUCGAGGAGGGAAGCCCUGUAGGGAGGCAAGAUUUUGAGCCUCCACAGGAUUCGGAGGAGGAGGAGGCGAAGCUGGAAGCAAAGGAGGAGGAGGAGCUGGAGAAGGAGGAGGAGUUGGAGGAGGCGGAGGCAAAGAAAGAGGAGGAGGAGAGGAAACUAAAAACAAUAGAGUCCGACAGUCAUGAGGACAGUCAUGAGGACAGUCAUGAGGACAGUAAGGAUGAAAGUGAGGCUGAACCAGACUCCAACAGUAAAAAGGACAUUGGGACCAGCGAUGCCCCUGAACCACAAGAGGAUGACAGUGAAGAGGACACUGAAGCCCAGCCAGAGGACACUGAUGAUAGCAUGAUGAAAGAGCCCAAAGAUUCUGACGAUGCUGCGUCUGACAAAGAUGAUAAGGACAAGAAUGAUAUGGACAAAGAAGAUAUGGACAAGGAUGAUUUGGACAAAGAUGAUAUGGACAAGGAUGCCUCUGACUCAGAGGAUGACCAAUCUGAAUCGGAUGCAGAGCCAGGAGCAGAUUCACACACAGAUGUCGAUGAGAUAGAUGGGGAAGAAACAAUGACUCCAGAUUCAGAAGAGAUAAUGAAGUCUGGUGAGAUGGACUCGGUUGUCGAGGAAACUGAAGCCGUUCCAGCUGACAUUCCGGACCAACAGGAUGACAUGACACAGGGCACCUCACAGGCUGCUGAUGCUGCUGCCAGCGCCCCGGCAGCCCAGUCUUAGCCCUGUGGGUUGAGCCCACAGCACGCUGUGGAUGGAAUCAGACAUUUUGACCCAUCAUGGUGAAUCUCACAGAAAACUGACAACAAGCAAUAUCAACAAAAACUUUAGUCAAAUGUUGCUCUUAAGUUCCUUAACCCUCUUUUGCCACUCAAAAUGGUGAAGGUGUGUGCAGUGUCUAUGAGGAUAAAAUUAAAUUAUUCUACUUUUUUUGGUGUACAUUACAUUUUUACCCACUUUUUGACUGUAUUGUUUUUUGGGUAGUUGGAUAUUGAAUCAUGAAGAAUGUCAACUUUGUUUUUGUUAAAGGCAGUUUAUGUAGUUACACUCCUGUCGUAUCAACUAGCAUAUUCAUAAAAUGGUCACUAUGUUCUCUUACAAUGCCCUUGAGAAAACCAGAAGUCUGUUUCUUAAUUCAGUCAUUGUAGGUUAGCUCUGUUUCUGCAGGGUUCCUACUGUUUCCUCCUGCUUUCAUAUGAUGCAUUGCUGUCUCAGUCCUUGACAGACAGCUCAAUUGGCACGUUGUCCUUCUAACUGAUCACAGCUGCUACAUUUGAAAAAUAACAGACUGACUCACAGCUCAACAUUCGUUUUUUAAAUUAUGAAAAACAUUAGGUCCUUUAUACAAAAUGAAGUGUACAUACGUGUUAUGACGCAACAAUGUCUUUGAUAAGGUAUACAAAACAAAUCUAGAGAAAGUACUAACAAAGUGUGAUCUACAUUGGUCGGAAAGAUUGUAAAAUAACAAUUGUAUAGACAUAAUGAGAAUGUCAUUUGAAUAUGUACACAAGGGGGGAAUCUAAUAAAGACUGAGUUGUCAGCAAGUUUUUGGGGAUAAAAA